GUGACGAGGGCCGAGAAACGCUCCCGAAGCAGAAAUUCGAAUUGAUGGGUAGGGCGCGAAAUGUGAAGUGAAAAAAUAAAAAAGAAUUAAUUGAAAUGGAUAGCGACAAAAAGAGUGUGGCUUGUUCUGUGUUUGCGUGUGGGUUUUGAAAUUUGAAUUAUUGUGAUUGAAUCGAAAUAGAGAAUCAAGUAUCAAGGAGGUGAGGGGGUUGGAGCGAGAAGAUGAAGAAGGGACAUGGCGGUUUGGAGCUAAAACAGAGAAUAGUGAGCGCUCUGAACAAGGUGGGAGAUCGCGACACGCAGCAAAUAGGGAUGGAGGAGCUGGAUCGCGUGGCGCAGGGUUUAAGGGCGGAAGGAAUAUGGGCCUUCUUGUCGUGCAUACUGGAGACCGAGUGGGAGCAAAAGGCCUCCAUCAGAAAGGAGUGUGUGAGACUGUUGGGGACGUUGGCGACCUAUUACGAGGGCCUCCUUCUUCCCCAUCUUCCCAAGAUGGUUGCCAGCAUUGUUAAGCGCCUCAAGGAUCCCGACUCUCUGGUCAGGGAUGUCUGCGUCAACACGGUGGCUCUUCUCGCCUCCAAGUUGGGCCUCAAAGACGUCCACGACAGGGAUAAGGUCUUUGUUGUUCUAGUCAGGCCCAUUUUCGAGUCCCUCGGGGAACAGAACAAGCACGUUCAGUCCGCUUCUGCUCUCUGCCUCGCCAGAAUCAUCGACAACACGCACCAUCCUCCUCUUUCCCUUUUGCACAAGAUGUUGACCAGGACUCUCAAGUUGCUUAAAAACCCUCAUUUUAUGCCUAAACCUGCCCUCCUUGACUUGACCAGGAGCAUUAUCCAGGCUGGUGGUGCUCCCACGCAGAAUAUUCUCUCCGCUGCUAUUUCCAGUAUCCAAGACGCCCUGAAGCAUAGUGACUGGACCACACGCAAAGCGGCUUCUGUCGUGCUGGCGGAAAUUGCUUUGAGCGGUGCUUCUUUCUUGCCAUGUUUCAGGGCUGCUUGUGUUCAGUCCCUCGAGGCUUGUCGAUUUGACAAGGUGAAACCCGUUAGGGAUGCUGUUUUGCAAGCGCUCAAGUGUUGGACAAUUCUUCCCGCUCCUGAUACUCCUGACCCUUCUGAAACGGGAUCCUCCUUAAAAGAAAAUAUCUGCAGAGGUGACUCCUCUGAUCUUAGUAGCACUACUGAAUCCAGACAUAAGGAUGUCAGGCUUCAAAAAGUUAAUAUGAAAUCAACUAUGGGAAGGGUUCCUUUGUCUCUUCGAAAAGCAUGUCAAAAUUAUGCCAGAAACCCUCACCAUAGCAAAUCAGAUGAUUGGCAUGUUGAAGUCGCAGUCCCCAGACCCCACUCUGUGGUGGAAUUCCAGAAUGAAGAAUCUGAGAGUUGUUCCGUCACUAAGCCAUUAGAAACGAUGAGUGCAGAUGUUACAAGCAUGCAGGAUGUUGGUUAUGAAUAUGUGCCGAUGGAUGACAAGCAGGAGUGUUCUUCUGUCUCUAAUCUAGCGACUGAUAACUUUGAGACCAAGUUUUUAUCUGCUUCUCAUGACUGCUUUAUAAAUAGUGGUUUGAAGAAGCCGAUUGCAAGAAACCAACAGUUUGGUGAAGAAAUAAGUUCUGAUGAACAAGUGUAUUCCGUAAAGAUGCAACACCCUAGAAGUUCUGGUUCUACAGUCACAGAGCCAAGUCGCCAAACUACGCACGAGUGCUGUAUGCAAAUGGCAAAUGAAAUGAUUUGCAUUCAGAAUCAACUUUCAGAUAUUGAAAUCAAACAGGCUAACAUGAUGCACCAAUUACAGAUGUUUAUAACUGGCAUAAUGGAUGCCCUUUCUACGAUCCAAUCAAGAAUGGCUGGCUUAGAGAAUGUAUUUGAUAGAUUAAGUCAAGAAUCUUUGCAAGGAGGAAGGCAUUCUUAUUCUGAAAACUCCAAAUUCGGGAGGCAGAGCGAAAAUGUUGCCUCUCCCAGGUUCUCCAUAUGCACUCCAAGGCCAUCUGUAGAAAUGAAUAAUAAGCAACCAGGCUCAAUGACGGUUAAAAAUUCUGAAAGUUGGGAGAAAAAAACAUUUUCUAGGAGCCAACCAAGGAUUCGUUCUGGUGAUAAUUCGGAUAUGUGGAAAAGUUACAAGGUCAAGGCUGCCAGAAAAUUUACAGAUAAGGAUGUUUUGAACAGCUCAGCGAAGGAUACACCAAGCACGGGUUAUGUAAAAACUGAUGGAAUCUUAUCUGCUACCAGAACAAUCAAUGCCAGAAAUGGUUGUUCCGAGAGUAAUACUAACUACUGGAAGCACGUAAAACGUCUUGUAUGUGAGGGGGAUCUAAACUCUGCAUAUAUGGAAGCUUUGUGUAUCAGAGAUGAACUUAUUUUUGUUGAACUUUUGAAUACAACUGGUCCAGUCAUAGAAAGUUUAACGGUGAAGACAAUCAACGCUCUUCUUAGUACUUUAGCAUCAUAUCUUCUGGAAGGAAAAUUAUUUAAUACCAUAAUCCCCUGGCUGCAGCAGAUUGUUGAAAUGAGUAGUAUCCAUGGACCAAAUUGCAUAGCUAUCUCUAUUGAAGUCAAGGAACAGCUUAUAUCGGCGGUGCAGGAGGUGGUGAACCUGCAUAUUUUCAGUCAUGCAGAAAGAACGCGUGCUGCUGAAUUAGCAAUGAAAUUACAUCGUAUAUGGGGUAAGUCUACUGAAAGUUGAUUAAUAUUUGUGUAUCUGACCAAAAAAGUCAUGUAUCUAGCCAAUUUUCUGUGGAGUCGGAUCUCGUUCCUGCUGGAACUCAAAAAAGCCAGUUCUUGUAUGUGUUGUUUUGUUAGUGGGUGAGCGUUGGGUUUUGCGAAUAAUUCUUGCUAUUGACUUGUGAAGUGUUCCCCCACUUUUUUGGGGAUUGGUAGCGGUGUGCAUUGGGAAGGUAUUUCCACCUUUGAGAAUGGAUGUCAAGAUUGAUUAUGUACCAUAUUUAUUUUCAUUUUUCUUAA